UGUGUUGCUCUCUAGCGUCCAGAAGUAAAAAGACGUUUUGUGCUUCUGGGGGAAGUUGCGUCACGGGAGCAGCGCGAGCAGUCCGGAUGUUGCUGACGUCACCACACGUUUGUUGUAAACAUGGCGUCCGUGACAACAGCCACCUCAGAGUGGAUUCAGUUUUUCAAGGACGCUGGGAUCCCAGCCGGCCUCGCAGUCAAUUAUGCAGUCUCCUUCGUGGACAACAGAAUUCACAAGAACAUGCUGAUGGACCUCAGUAAAGACAUCAUGAUGGACCUCGGCGUUACAGUUAUUGGCGACAUCAUUGCCAUUCUUAAACAUGCCAAGCAGGUCUACAGGCAGGACAUGUGCAAAAUGGCCACAGAAGCCAUCUCCUCAGGACAGACCAGUGUUAAAGCUGAGCUCAGAAGAACUGCCAAUACUCCUGCCACUCGUAUGAUUGCCAAUGCUUUGAGCCAUGAUUCACCGCCAGCCACUCCAGCCCGUCGACCUGACAACCGCCUGUCCGUCACAGUGUCCAACAUGCAAGCAAACAAAAGUAGCAAAGCAGUUGUAAGUCAGCCAGCUGAUGAGGGAAACGGUUUGCCAGGAGUGAAGCGCCGACGUGUGACUGCUGAGAUGGAAGGCAAGUACAUCAUCAACAUGCCCAAAGGCACCACUCCUCGUACACGCCGCAUCCUGGCCCAGCAGGCCAAGAAAGGUUUGAAACGCACCUCUGUGUUUGCAAGACUUGGGGCUGAAUCAAAGGCAGACACAACAACAAGCAAUAACAAGCCCACCGGUGUGUUCAGUCGUCUGGACAGAGGGGCGGAAGAGGAACACAUGCCGAGACCAGGCAAAAUGGCUGGAAACAUGGAUGUAGAUGACGAGGACGACAGUGACGGAGAAGGCUCCGUCCUCCAGUAUGCUGGCGUCCUCAAGAAACCCCUUCCCUUCCAGAAGAAAGAGCCAUCCACAAAACCAACCCCGACCACCCUGCGGCGCCUGGGAGGCAAAUUCAAACUACCUCCCUCUGACACUCCCACCUCCUCCUCCACUUCCUCUUUUUCCCUUAAUGGCCUCCCCCCUGCCAAGAUUAGUGUGCUUCAGAGACUGGGCAAGCUCCCUGCCACACACCCGAGCACUGCUGUGCCGCCCACACCUGCGGACACACAGGACAACAGGGUGACCAGCACCAGGCCCAAAGCCCUGGAGAGACUAACCAUAGCAAGCCCCAAGGUCAGUAGCAGCACUGGGGCCUUAGCUGGAGGAGCAGCAGCAGGAGCCGCAGCAGGAGGAGGAGAGUCUCUGGGUGCCCAGAUGGAUAUUAGGGCUAUCAGUGUUUUUAAGAGACUGGGCAGCAAGAGAACCUAACAUAUAAAUCCCUAAAAAUGAUUCGGACUCUUUCUGUAUGUCCUUUAUAGAAUUUGUAUCACCACCUUUUUGCAUUUUUCCUGACAACAUGCAGGGCUGCAGAUUAGAGUGUUGUUGUUUUUUGUUCACCCUGAGUUUAUGGACAGUUUAAUGCUGCAUUGUGGCUUUAGGGUUACUCUUAGAUAAAAAUAGAUGUUUGGGGUUUUUUUUACACUUAAGUCAUGCUGCCAUUGUAAAAUCACCUUUGUUUCGUGUCCACGCUUUUAACUUGAGGACUCACAGUUCUGUGUAUUUUGUUACUCAACCAGGAAGCUAUUUAUCAUGUCUCAGUAAUAUAUUUAACUAUAUUUGUGAGCUUAAGGCAUGAGCAUGACGUCAACCAGGCUGCCAUAAUGGUGGUUUUAAUUUUACCUUGUAACUCCACAUAUAAGGAUGCUGCUGCCUAAACUUCCCCUUGUUUGAGAGUCCUCCUGAAUGAAUACAGUUGAGUAGGUUAAAAUGUUCCUCCAAAAUGAAUGAUAUGGUCAUUUUGUUAAUAGUUGCUUGAAAGUGGAUUAUUUCUUUUAAAAAAGAUCUGAUGUGAAAGGUACAGAUAGAUUUUUUUUUUCCACACCUCAGAAUAUUCUUCAAGUUAAAAACACAGGAGAGCAGUCGGACGUAAGACUGAGGUGAGCGUUAAACCUUUAUAUUUCUUGCUACUUUCACCACCUCAAAAUGACCUCCUCUGUCAUGGUUUGAAAGUAGAAAGUGCGUAGAAGUGUUUUAAAUUUCAGUGAGUGAAAAACUAAAAUCAAAUGGCUACACAGAAAGACCUCUGAACACUUGAAUCAAGGAAAAGCACCGCACCUCCUCUUCUUCUUCUGCGCUUUGUGGGGUAGAAGUUCACACCUCUGAACUAAAGACGCCCAUGUCAACUUUUCUACCGUAGUACUGAACACUUUCUGAAACCACCGACUUGAAGGCCGGAUCAGUAGAAUAUUGUUUAUUUUGAAAUGCAAUGUAUAGAUUUGUUAGACUUAAUUUCAAACAGCACAGAAUCUGUUCUGCUGAAUAUUUUUCUAAGUGGACAGUCUUGUAUCAUGUAUCCAUGUAAAGAAACUCAGAGACGCCAUCGGGCCUGGUGUCAGUAGGUAGUUCACCUUUACCCAGUAUCGGUCAUUAACACCUGUGUACAAUUUUGGUCUUUCAGACUUCACACCAGAACUUUGUUACAUUGUAAAUAUCUGAAAUGUUUGAAAUCACGUUAAGGAAUUUUUAUUGUUUUAAAGAACAAAGUAGAGCAAAACACACCAUGAACUGUCGGGUUUUUUAAAAAAGAUAUUGAGGCGGAAAAGUUAUGAAUUUGGAGAAAGUAUGCUUGGAAAAUAAUUAAAAGAGAAAAAGGGUCCAAAGGC